AUGACUUGGGGGGGGAAGUAUCACCUUCUCCCCGCUUGGUGCGACAGCUAUAGCAGAAAAGUAGUUGGUCGAAAGGCAACCCGUUUUCAUUUUCAAACCAACGUCUCUCUAUAUGUAUGCACGAGAGUGCCAGUGUUCACCAUGUUCCGUCUUCACAUGGUCUCCUUUCCUUUUCACUAG